AGUGCCUUCUCCCGACAUCCCCUGCGCGCCGCUUCCGGUCGCCAUGGAAACGAAGGCAUCAAGGAGUUUUACGCAGGGUAGACGCGCCGCCUCCCAGGGCGCGGGUGGACUGUACCGUGCUCUUGCGCGGCGACAGAGAUGCUGAAGGCCAAGAUCCUCUUCGUGGGGCCCUGCGAGAGUGGAAAAACUGUCCUGGCCAACUUUCUGACUGAAUCUUCUGACAUUACCGAAUACAACCCAACCCAAGGAGUGAGGAUCCUGGAAUUUGAGAACCCAAAUGUUGCCAGCAGCAAGGGCGCAGGGUGUGAGUUUGAGCUCUGGGACUGUGGCGGCGAUGCUAAGUUUGAGUCCUGCUGGCCGGCCCUGAUGAAGGAUGCCCACGGAGUGGUCAUCGUUUUCAAUGCCGACAUCCCAAGCCACCUGAAGGAAAUCGAAAUGUGGUAUUCCUGCUUUGUUCAGCAGCAGUUCUUACAGGAUUCUCAGUGCCUGCUGAUCGCACAUCACAAACCGGGCUCUGGAGGUGACAUGGGAAGCCUGUCUUUGUUGCCACCAUUGAACAAGCUGAAGCUGGUGCACUCGAAUCUCGAGGAUAAGCCUGAAGAGAUCCGGAUGGAAUUCGUAAAAUAUUUGAAAAACAUCAUCAGUUCCAUGUCUGAGAGCAGAGACAGGGAGGAGAUGUCAAUCAUCACUUAACGGCCUUCCUCUGGGACGUCCACCUGCUGAUGCAGUCAGCUGCUUCCGAGCACGGAACCAAGAUUGUACCCAGCUACUUGUGUUUUCUUCUCCCCGUGGCUACAGAAGAAACUAUCCUCUUCCCCCGGGAGGUAGCAGUCAGCCAGGAAUUGACUUGUACUAUCUUCUGUCCUUAGUUCAGCUGGGAAAAUCAGUGGAUUCUGAGUCUCUGGCCCCAGGCGUUUUCAAAGAGCUGGAAAAUUGAGGAAUCCCCUCCCUGUCACAUAUGUCAAAUUAUAAAAACUGUGGAAUUGUAGCCAUCAUAGCCCAAAGAUGCAACAGCAGUUUAAACCAGGUGUAUUGUUUGGAUGUGAUUUUCAUUCCUUGAUUCAGUCAACCAGUUCUAACUAGUAGAGCAUCCACUGUGAUGCGUGAGGUACAGUUCCAGCUGUAGACCAUAUAUGUGAUGAAACCACAAAACCCUUCCCCCAUACUGUCUUCAUUGUGUUUUUCUAAAUAAUAGUGAGGUAGAGUCAGAAACUUAAGUACUAUGUUUUAGGUGGGGAAAAAAAAAAGACCGAAGCUGGGGAUUUAGCUCAGUGGCAUAAGGCCUGACUGGCAGGUGUAAGUUCAACCCCCAGUACCAAAAAAUAAAAGACUGAGCAUGUUGUCUCGUACCUGUAAUCCCAACACUGGGAAGCUGAGACAGGAAAAUUGCAAGUUCGAGUCCAGCCUGAGCAACUCAGCAACCUAGCAAGACCCUGACUCAUAAAAUAUUAAAAAGAAAGAAAUUUUUAAAAAAAGAGCUGGGAAUGUAGCUUAGGCCAAAGAGGCAGUGUUCAAUUCCCAGCACAACAGCAGCAGAGUAGAGUCUUCAUUUUCUGUAGCUGGUGUAAAUCACGCAGCUCCCGUCCCCGAGUCAUGAGGGAUACUCACUAUGCCCAGUGCAGCUGCAGUCAGGCCUCACGUAUGGAUUUUAUGUUUGAGGACUGGCCUACUUGUUAAAAUGUAUUUGUCUUCCGCAGAUCUGUACUUGUGGUGCUUUCUCAGUUCCUCGUAGACAUGCACAGCAUGGCCUAAAGUUUCAGUCCCUGAAACCUCUGUGCUCCCAGCUGAGGCCAGUGGAGGGCUGCUCUGCAUUCUUGUUUUAGCUGUCACAAAGCAGUGGCCUACUUCGUGCCAUUUCUCUGAGCAUCUCAUUUGUGACCUCACUGUGAAGUGGCCCAAGUACAGUGGUGAGGUGCUAGCUAGUGGGCUUGAGCCCAGGAGGGCCGCGUGGGGCUCCUCGAAGACAGGAUAUGCGUCCCAUCGGCUUCCUCCCAGCAGGGGCUACAGUGCUGCUGGCCUUGAAUACAGAGAUUGUGACUCAACAGUUUAUUUGAAAUAAAACAUCUUUGAAAAGAAACACAUAAAACAAGUUACAGAUCACGCAGUUGAUGAUCAUAUUCUAUAGAUUGGCAGGAAUUUAGCCCUGUAUUUCCUCUAAGAGCAAUGCUUAGUAUUACUAAGUCAGUAUCCUUGGUGACUUUAUAGAACAUAACAGCUCUGAAUAACAAGAAUCAGCUUAUUUCAAGGCUUCGCUCACAGUUCUGGAGGCCAGAAGUCCAAAAUCAGUAUGACGGGUCCAAAUCAGAUGCCACACUCCCUCUGGAGGUUCAGGAGAGCCUUCUCUGAACCCUCUCGCCCCUUCCAGCUUCUGGGGACUAUUGUCAUUCCUUGGUUUAUGGCUGAAUCACUGCAGCAUCUUCAAGUUUCUUUGUGUUCUGUCCCCAUAUCGCCUUUUCCUGUCUGUGUCUGUUUCAAAUCUCCCUCUGUCUACAGCACUUCUGUAACUGCCUUUAGGGUUUACACAGAUAACCCAGGAUACCCUCCCUGGCUACAGAUUCCUAACAGUCCCAUCUGCAAAGACCCUUUUUCCAAAUAACACUGACAGGUUCUAGGGAUUGGGUCAUGAUCUCUUUAGGGGCCAUUGUUCACCUACCACAAAUGCCAUUCACUGAAGACUUAGUAGAAGAGAAAGGACAAUUUUUGGGGAGAUUACAAAUGACUUGUUCCGGAUGACCCAGGCAAUUAGAGGAGAGGACAAGACUGGACCCCAAGCCUCUGCUCUUUCCAAAAUCUAAUUGGCAGUUCUCCCUGUAAGCAUGGCUGAAAAUGUCACCCAUGUUAUAACUGAGAUUAAGAAUAUCCUGUCAAAGCCUGUUGUGUUCAAAUGUGGGGCUUUUUGAGGGUGGCUAUGGCUGACUUGCUGCUAGGAAGUGGAUCCUGGACCACCAGGGGCAUGGCCUGGAAAGAUAUAUCCUCCAGACCCUCCCACCAUGCUGUUUCUGCCUUGGACCCUGAUAACUAUGACCUGAAAACAUGAGCCAAAAUAAACCUUUCCUUCUUUAA